CAGACAUCUGGCUUUUGGUUAGAAGUCUCCAUGGCGAGAGUGGCACUUGGUGGGAUGAGCAUCUUUCUGAAGAAAAUGUUCAGUUUGUUAAGCAGUUGGCCUCUGAUGAAAAUAAAGCCCAGUUAGCAAGCAAACUCUGUCCUCUGAAGGAUGAGCCGUGGCCCGUACAUCCUUGGGAACCAGGUUCCUCGAGAGUCGGCCUUAUCGCACUGAAGCUGGGCAUGAUGCCUUUAUGGACCAAGGAUGGUCAAAGGCACGCUGUCACGUUACUGCAGGUGCAAGACUGUCACGUCCUAAAAUAUACUCCAAAGGAAAAUUAUAAUGGAAAAAUGGCAGCUCUAACUGUAGGAGGAAAAACUGUAUCACGUUUUCAUAAAUCUCCAGCUAUAUUGGAAUUUUACCAGGAACUUGGAUUACCUCCAAAACAGAAAGUGAAAAUCUUUAAAGUAACAGACAAUGCUGUAAUUAAGCCAGGCACUCCACUGUACGCUGCUCACUUUCGUCCGGGACAGUAUGUGGAUGUCACAGCCAAAACAAUCGGCAAAGGUUUUCAAGGUGUCAUGAAGAGAUGGGGAUUUAAAGGCCAGCCCGCUACUCAUGGUCAGACGAAAACCCACCGGAGACCUGGAGCUGUUUCAACUGGAGAUGUUGCCAGAGUCUGGCCUGGAGCUAAAAUGCCGGGACCCCUGGGGAACAUCGACAGGACAGCAUUUGGACUGAGAGUGUGGAGAAUAAACACAAAGCACAAUAUAAUCUACGUAAACGGCUCUGUACCAGGACACAAAAACUGCUUAGUCAAGGCCCUUACCUUACUGAUGAGUGGAGCUGAAGUGGAAAUGCCAGUGUGGGCGACUCCUGUCGUCAUGGAGGGCCCCGGCACGGGGUGAAACUGGGGUGAUGCCAGCUGUCACAACACUGAAGUGUCAGUGGAAGUGUUUCCCACAGCAGCUGUCAGGAGAUUAAGUAUUUCAGAGGCAAUACCUAGUGUUUUUUGUAGCCUUUAAUGCUGAGACACAGAUCUGCUUUUCAACUUUUCACGAGGGGUGGAAUAUAAGGGUGAUUUUCACAGCUUAUUUCCAAAGAUAAAUUUGUGAGUGGAACCUGACUGUCUCAGGACAUGAUGAAAUAUGUAAGAACUA